CGCAGUGUUUUCCUCCCUCGUUUGUCACCCAGCUCUUCAGAGACAGACCCAUGUCCACAGUGCGCGCGCUCCCGGUGUCUCUGUGUUUAACACCGAACCGACUGCACUUCACUGCUCGCGCUCUGUUCCUCCCUGUGUGUGUGUGUGUGUGUUCUCUCCGUCGUGCUCGGGUUUGGACUCGUCCCACCGCUGUAAGGGUGGUGUGGAGAGAGAGAGAGAGAGAGAGCAUGGAGGAGGAGGAAGAGGACGGCACGCGCUUCCUUCGCAUUCCAAUCACGAGCAUCUGUGAGGUCAUGGCUGUGGAUACAAGCUCACAGUGCUUUGCUGGGUCGUUACAUUGCCAUGUGGUGAAGCAUGAGCAACAGUGUGAGAAGAUUCAGCUGCUCUCUUCAUGUGUCUCAAAGGAAGCAUGGCCUUCGUAUGACAGGAGGGCUUGUCGGUGGGGGAUCACAUAAGAAUGUCCAUUUACUCUCUGUCUCACACAGACACACACACACACUCCUCCUCCUCCUGCAUAAAGCCAGAGUCCGAAGGUGGGUGUGUGCGUGCGCUGUGUGGACUUCACCGCAAACUCUCACACGCACUUCAAUGGGAGCGAACAAGAAGCUCGUGCACUGGUUGCAGUGGUUCACCGUCUUCACGCUCUUGUUCAUCGUGGGCUUUAUCAUCGGGUGGUUCGCGAGACCUGCUGACACGCAGCAUGAAAAGCCGACACGUGACUUCCUGCGGGAGUUCCUGGAAGAAAUCCGUGCGGGAAACAUCAAACAGUAUCUUAGGAAGUUCACUUAUCUGCCCCACUUGGCUGGAACGGAGCAGAACCUGCGAUUGGGCGAGCAGAUUCGCGAGGAGUGGCUAGCGUUCGGGCUCGACUCGGCCGAGCUCGUGUGGUACGACGUUCUGCUCUCGUAUCCGAACGCGACCAGGCCGAACUACAUCUCUAUAGUCGACCAGCACGGAGACGAGGUCGUGAAGUCGUCUCUGGCUGAACCGGUACCUGAGGGUUAUGAGCACGUGAGUGACAUCGUUCCUCCGUACAACGCCUACUCUGCACAAGGACAACCAGAGGGCGAGUUGGUGUACGUGAACUACGGCAGGACGGAGGAUUUCUUCAAACUGCAGAGGGAGAUGGGCAUCAACUGUACGGACAAAAUCGUCAUCCUCCGAUACGGCAAAAUUUUCCGAGGCAAUAAGGUAAAAAACGCCAUGUUAGCUGGUGCCAAAGGCGUCGUGUUGUACUCGGACCCGGCGGAUUACUGCGCAGAGGGUGUGAAGCCGUACCCUGAAGGAUGGAACCUGCCGGAAGGCGGCGCACAACGGGGCAACAUCCUGAAUCUGAACGGGUCCGGAGACCCCUUAACCCCCGGCUACCCCGCUAAAGAAUACACUUACAGAUUCAGGCUAGACGAGGGGGUGGGGCUUCCCAAAAUUCCAGUACAUCCUAUUGGCUACCGUGAUGCUGUUCAUCUGCUGAAGAAUAUGGGCGGAGCGUCUCCGCCCCCUGACUGGAAAGGAGCUCUGAACGUGUCGUAUCGUAUCGGACCCGGGUUCAUCGGUGACUUCGCACUAAAUAAAGUGCGCAUGAACGUGCACAGCUACAAUCAGGUGACCCGGAUCUACAAUGUGAUUGGCCAAAUCAAAGGAGCGCAGGAGCCAGAUCGGAUCGUUAUAUUAGGUGGUCAUCGUGACGCGUGGGUGUUUGGGGGAAUCGAUCCUGUGACUGGAGCUUCAGGAACACAUGAGACGGUCAGAGCAGCUGGGAAACUCCUGCAGAAAGGCUGGCGGCCCAGGCGCACACUGAUCUUUGCUAGUUGGGAUGCUGAAGAGUUCGGCCUGCUGGGAUCCACAGAGUGGGCGGAGGAAAAUGCUAAAAUGCUCCAGCAGAGAGCUGUAGCAUACAUCAACGCAGACUCCACUAUUGAGGGUAUGUACACGUUGAGAGUAGACUGCACUCCGUCUCUACAUACACUGGCUUAUGACAUCACCAAACAGGUGAUGAGUCCAGAGGAAGGGGAGGAGGGAAUGACUCUGUACGACAGCUGGCACAAACGAGACAACUGGACUGAUAAUCGGGACGCGCCCCGGAUCAGUAAGCUCGGAUCAGGCAGCGAUUUCGAAGCGUACUUCAUCAGACUGGGAAUUGCAUCCGGGCGAGCGAAAUACACCAAGAACAGAAAGACGGAGAGGUACAGCACUUAUCCCGUCUACCACAGCGUGUACGAGACGUUCGAGCUGGUCGAGCGUUUCUACGACCCCACCUUUCGCCGCAUGGAGGCGGUGACACGUGUGCGAGGGGGUUUGGUUUUCCGCUUAGCCGACGCCCCUGUGCUGCCACUGGACUGUAACGAGUAUGCACUCGCUCUCUCUCAGUACGCGCACACCAUCCACCGGCUCGCGCAGAAACACCCGCAGGAGAUGGAGCGCUACGCCGUGACGUUCGAUGCUCUGUUCUCAGCAGUGGACAAUUUCACACAAGCGGUACAAGAGUUUCAGCAGCACCUGAACACACUCGACACAACCAAUUCUCUCUCAGUGCGGAUGGUGAACGAUCAGCUGAUGUAUCUGGAGCGGGCGUUUAUCGAUCCUCUCGGCCUCCCCGGUCGACCCUUCCACAGACACGUGGUGUUCGCUCCCAGCAGCCACAAUAAGUACAUGGGCGAGUCGUUCCCCGGGAUUUACGACGCUCUGUUUGACAUCGAGAACGCCGCCGAGCCUGAGAGAGCCUGGAGCGAGGUGAAGAGACAGAUCAGCAUCGCUGCUUUCACCGUCAACGCCGCCGCCGAUACGCUCCGCCCCCUUUGAUCUCUCUGACCUCAAUACCAGCUUAGCUUACGCUCGGGCCGCCUGAGAUUUUCUCCUAAAUUUGAAUCAUUGCCAGUUCCCUGCCACAGAAAAAUCAAACAACUGUCGCAGCGUGACAGGACGCUAUCCGCCCACUUCUACAUACACACGCCCAGGAUGGAGUGGAGAGCAGGUCCGAGCAGCGACCGCUGUGGUUCCGUCACGACUGAAUGUGCGACUCUGAUUGGUCGGAGUAUGUCGAUUAGUUUUCUGUAACAGCAGCUCUGAGAGUAGUGCAGCUUCGAAUCACAGGUUUAUUCAUUAUUAAUACGUUAUCACUUCUACGCACCGGGACGCCACGUAAUCUUAGACUAAUAGUAAACUAAUCUAAAAACCACCCUAUUGUUAUUUGACAAAUAUAAAUAUAUACACACUGUGAUACGAUGAAUCUUUCUUUGAACAAGUCUCCAGUUUCAGGUUGCUGUGUUUCCCGUAACUUGGAUGUGCAGUUACGGGAAAAGAAUCAACUUUAACAGUAAUCUCCGCUUCACCAGCCCGUAGUUGAUUUUUUUUUUUUUCCUAAAGCAGCACUGCGCCAAGUGUUUUAUUCCUUAUCCAAUCAAAUCAGUCGAUCAACGAGUCGUGUCGUGGAGACUAGACAACACUCGCAGACUCGUCCUCACAGGUGAAAAGCUUUAUUACAGAAGAAAGCAGGACAGAAUAAUGAGAGCGCUCUGAGGCGCUUAUGGUAAACAUCUGCUAUAUACAUAUAUAUGAAGCGCAGGGCACGAGACACUUCGACAUACCGAUAAGGAGCAGUGUGAGGCACUUCAAACAGGCUUUGUUUCAGGGUCGAACCUUUAACGGAAUAACAUGUUUAUGUCUCUGUAAGCAGAUAAACAUUCUGUACUAAUCUAAAUGACAUGACCUUCUUUGACGUUAUCCUCUGAUGAACAUGAACAAAACUACUACAAAGUAAAAAUGUAUCAUUUUCCCCUCACAGUAGCGUUUUAAAAAUCAUGUUUUGUUUGUAAUUAAAAAAUUCUUACAAUGUCCCA